AAAAAAAGGAUUUAAAGCUAAUUUCAAAGAUGGUUUUCUCAUCUCUUCCAGUGAAUCAGUUUGAUUCACAAAACUGGCAGCAGCAAGGGAACCAACAUCAGCUAGAUUGUGUCACUACUGACCAGAACCCUAAUAAUUAUUUACGGCAGCUCUCAUCACCACCGGCUUCUCAGGCUGGCUCGAGCCAAGCUAGAGUGAAUUCAAUGGUGGAACGUGCUCGGAUCGCGAAAGUCCCAUUGCCUGAAGCAGCUCUAAAUUGCCCUAGAUGUGACUCAACCAAUACAAAGUUCUGUUACUUCAAUAACUAUAGCCUUACUCAACCUCGCCACUUCUGCAAAACAUGUCGCCGCUAUUGGACACGUGGCGGUGCCCUGAGGAAUGUUCCUGUUGGGGGAGGCUUUAGGAGGAACAAGAGAAGCAAAUCCAGAUCGAAAUCUACGGUCGUGGUCUCGACUGAUAACAAUACUACUACUUCAUCACUUACUUCUCGCCCAAGUUACUCAAACCCUAGCAAGUUUCUUAGCUACGGUCAGAUCCCGGGGUUUUCUUCCAACGUACCCAUCUUGCCUCCUCUUCAAAGCCUUGGAGAUUACAAUUCAAGCAACACUGGAUUAGAUUUUGGCGGAAUUCAAAUAAGCAACGUGAUAAGUGGUAUGAGUUCUAGUGGUGGGAUCUUGGAUCCAUGGAGAAUACCUUCAUCACAACAAGCUCAGCAAUUCCCUUUCUUGAUCAACACUACCGGAUUGGUGCAAUCUUCAAAUGCGUUAUAUCCAUUACUAGAAGGUAAUGGAGGUGUUAAUCAAGGUGAUUCUCAACAAAAGAGUAGUGAUUAUUCCAAUCAGCUAAUGUCUAAGCCCUUGAUGGAUUUGGCUUCAGGCGGGGAUGGCGCCGCGCAAGCGAGAAAUGUGAAGGCGGAAGAGAAUGAUCAGGAUCGGGGUAGGGAUGGGGAAGGAGGGAAUAACUUAUCAAGAAACUUUUUGGGUAAUAUCAACAUAAACUCAGCCAGGAACGAUGAAUACACAUCAUGGGGAGGUAAUAGUUCUUGGACCGGUUUCAGCUCCAACAACUCAACAGGCCAUCUCUCAUUCUAAGUACUCAGCAGUAACUAUUCUUGAUGAUUCUUUUGUUGGUUGGGUUGUACAUUGAUCGCUUUUCAUGGGUGUUAUUACUGAGGAGAGAUCAAACCAUGCAGCUAUAUCAUAUCCAAAGGCUAAUUUUGGGCUCAAAGGAAAGGUAUGGUUAAAAAACUAUCUUUUUUAUC